GCUUGGCGUCGUACCGUCUAUUCCCACUUCAAUCCAACCUCUUCGCUCACCACCUUACCACCACUAUCAACCGCAUAUAGCCACUGCUCUACUCGUUACUACUGAAGGACACCAGAUGAGCGACGGAUCGCAAUCCAGUGCUCAUGAGAACCGCUGCCGUCGAUAAUCGAGUGUCUUCAAGAAAGGGAAGCCUUGCCUCAUGGGCGAUCCAAAGGGCUUCACACAAUGCCAGAUUCGUGUCUACGGACCGCUCUGCUCCUCUCGAUGGGCGAUUCUAGCUAACAGUCGGUAACAUGUGCUCAAGUCCAACCCUUUUCGCGUCAUGGAGAGGUCCACCUACCUUCCGCUGCAACAUCGACACCAAUUUGCCGCUUUCGCAAUCUACGGAGUGCCUUCACUGGGGGCUUUGCACAACCAAACUGAAGACAUGCAACUUCUUUUCUUCCUCUUAUGUUUUUUUUUGUUUUCUUUCCAUUACGAUGAACCAGGGCCGAGUUCACACCAAAACCCAUGGCGAACGGCACGACCAUGAGUGGCAUGAGAGACUUCUUUAUAAUCUUCUUCAUCUUUUGAUCUCACAUUUCUACGCACUUUACAGCCGUCAAAUACGACGGAAGGGGCCCUCCGUGCCUAGGUCUGAGUCGGUGGGGGCCCGCUUGUCAGGUUCAUCACCCGACUAAUAUUGCUGCCUGGUAUUGCCUUUAUUACAUCACGUUCUCAUACACUCACAUGAUUUCAGACGCGCAAAACACCGAGCAAUUUGGCAAGAUACC